AUGAUCAACUAUACCCACGUGCUCUUCUCUCUGCUCCUGCGGACCCAUCCCCCUGCCUUCCUGACGGGACAGAUCUUCAGUGCCCGACGACAGCCACACAACCCUGCCAAGUACAGUCCCUGUCCACACCCCCCAGCCACAGGACUGCCUACCUGCCUCUACCUCACUGGGCCUCCACAGACCGCGCACAAGAAGACCCGCACUCGAGUCCGAGAUGACUACAGUGACCGCUGCUAUCUCAAGUUCCCAGGAGCCCUGACACACAGGCCCCAUGGACACAGAGCACGGGCCAAACGCGUGCUGUCACAGCUCGUCCAUGAAUCCAAGAACGCUGCUCAAAUCCGCCCUGGAAGAGAACUUCGGCAACUUCGAUGCUACCAGACAGGCCCUGCCGCGCCUCCCGAAGGAGCCCCGCUCCACCUCUGCACAGCCAGAGGGAGCAACGCGGCGAGACCUUCCGGGGAUCCCGGCCGAACCCCAGUCCUGGCGAAUACCCCACAGGAAAUCUUCCCAGGGAGGAACUUUCGCAGAUGCCACCUCAGCAGGCCCUCCCACAGGCCACGCGAGCCCGCGGGCGGGGACAGGCUUAAAGGGGCAGUACCGCGCUCGGCUUCCCUGCCUUUCAUCCAAAUUCGGUAUUUUUCCGUAAAGUAUUUUUCGUGCGCCGACCCUGGGGUGCGUCCAAGUUGCACUGCAGCCCCCCAGAGCAGCAGACCCAGCCGACCACACUGUGGCAUCAGCAAGAAAUCUGAAGUCGGACUUUCUUGUUGGUCACUUCCUGGUGAGGGACCGCUGACCGCACAAAGAGGCGGCCUCACACGAACUCGUCAAAGCCCCUGGGAACUGUGGGAUACCCAAGACUGUCCUUGUGUAUUUGAAGAGCAGGACAGAAGGAAGGGGAACCGACUACUUCCAGGUGGAAAUCCAUCCUGUGACCCAAGGGUCAUCUGUGUCUCUGAACGCCAUGGUAACAGGUUUCAGAGCGGCGACGGACUGGGGGCCACUGCAAGUCCCACCUCAAGCCUGCAGGAGACCCCGCCAGCACCUGACUUACCCCAGCAAGACGGACUUGAGCCAGGUCCGUGGUAACUGCAGCAGCAGAAGGAAACCAAAACAGCAAUGAAA